AUAUUACUGUAGAUAUCUAAAGUGUUGAAACGUAUCAUUAAAAAAGUUUUAUAAAAAGAUUAAGAAAAUUUUCCGCUAAAUCUUUGGGAAGGUUAAAUUACAUUUUAGUCGUAACGUCGUAGUUGUGGAGUAAGUAUCUAUACGUUGAAGCGGUGGUUUCCAAGAUGUCGGAAAAAGUGGUAGUUUAUCGAGAAAACCAGCAUAACUAUUAUCAUUAUUAUGAAAUAGUAAAUGCAAAAGAUCCUCCAAAAUCUUUGCAUCCCAGAACUGCUCUUACCGAUUAUAAGAAUAGAAAUAUAGUUUCUUUACAUUCGCUUACAACCGGUAAAAAAGCCCAGAUUCAGUAUCACAGAAAAACACAGGAGAUCAGAAAGAGACUAGAUUACCAAGACGAUGAUAAAGAAAAUAUAAUCACGACAGAUUUUGAAUGCAUUAAAAAAUCAGAAGAAUGCAAUGAAUAUGGACAAAGUGGAAAACAUUAUUACCCACAGAAUGAUAACAAAAAUGGAAAAGUGUCCAUGAAACCAGCGCAGACAGAGAAACCACGUUCCUCAAAUGCAAAUCUUAAAAACGAAAUAAGAAUUAAUAGUAAUAAUGAAAAGAAACCUGUACAAAAUAAACCUCAAAUACGAACGUCUAAUGAACAAUACAAACGACAGCCCCAAAAGGAAGAUGUUCCCAAGUCAGUUCGAGUACCCAGGCCACCAAUAAGUGCUCCAGUAACCAAAAAAAUUGAAAGUAUUCCCAGACUAUCAAAUGCUCGUGGUGGACCCACAAAACCUCAAUAUCUUUCUGUACCUCCAAACACUGCACCCGUAAAACCUAUUCUCAAAUACGUGAAUGCAAGGGAAGAUAUAAGAAUAUCGUCCGAAAAAAAGAUAUCCUUUAAGGAUGCAUCUAAUAAAGAAGCAAAUGACUUGCCAAAAGACCAAGAGCAAGAUGAAGAAACAAAUAGAGUUACUAGAAUUUAUAAAGUAGAUAUGCGACGUGUAACCGUGAGAAGAAACAUAAAUGACGACGAUGCUGACCAUAAUGAUGAAUUAUGGACCAAACCGGACAAUGCUGAUGUUACGUGGAUUGAAGACGAAUCAGAAAAAUUGAAAUUUUUAAAUAAGAGAAAAUUCACUGAAAGUUUUCAAUCUUCGUACGAUGGAUAUGCUAUUGAUAAGCUUUUUUAUCCGUACAUAGAAGAUGUAGUUACGUACUUGAGAAGGUUGGAGUACAAAUACGUUCUAAGAAACAGUCUCUUUGGUAAUCGACCAGAAAAUGGAAGUCCACAAACCAGAAUGCUUGCCAUUAACGUGAUGUUGCGCCUAACAGAUCUCAAACGAAUUUCGCUGGGGACAUUUUUAAAAUCAGUUAUUUUAUUCGAUAAUAUAUUACACAUGAAACUUAUUGCACCAAAUAAACAAUUAUUAGUAGGACUGGUGUGCUUGUGGCUUUCUACUAAAAACGAAUGCGGGAUUAUUCGAAAGGCAUCAGAAAUAGCUCAUUUAAUAAGCGACAGGUACACAGUGAAAGAAAUAUUAGAGAUGGAAAUGGCAAUUCUGACUUAUUUUAAAGGAGAUUUUAAUUUCCCGGACCCCACUGAUUUUAUCGCUUAUAUUAUUUAUAAAUGGUUAGGAUUUGAAAGUACGGUAUUUAAUCAUAUAGUGAAUUACAUUUUAAUUUGCUUUUGCAUGCAUAGCGGUUUUAGUACCGUCUCUCCAUCACAUCAGGCUGCAGCAGUAGUUCAUUUGGCAUCACAAUUUUUCACUAAGAACCACGACAUAAAACCAUGGAGCGUUCUGUCGGGAUCCGCAUGUUAUUAUAGCGAAAUUGAAAUAAAAAAUGUACAAGUUGUAAUGCAUAAACAAGUUAUAAAAUUUACAACUUCCAAUUCUCAGUUCUAUCCGUAUACAAUGUACUCAACCGCUGAUAAAUUAAAACUGAGCAGCAUACUUGCAAAAAAGAUAGAGAAACGUUCUAAUUGAUUCAGGACCUGUUGUGUAAACACUUGCGCUGGCGCUUUUAAUGUGUGACCUAGAUAUAAAUAAGUAAGAAUAAUUGCGUUAUUAAUAUUUUUAAGUUUUUCUUUUCUGUAUGUGUGUUCAUUUUUUUAAUGUUUGAAAAGUCUUAAUAUUUUUUAUUACAUUUCUGUUUGUAAGGGAAUAAAU